AUGGACUCGAUAGCCAAUUUUUUCGGUUUGAACAAGAAGCCUACAUCGUCGUCGUCCUCUUCCACCAAAACAAACAGCAGCAGUAGAUCACAUCAUAGACAGAUGCGCGAUAGCUUUGUUCUUGCGUACGACAACAGAUACUAUGAUAUCCACUUUCGAGAUGUGCGGGGCGGUAUGCGACAAGCAACAGUUGCCGAGCUAAAGGAACGAUGUAAAACAAUGACAGGUGUCACUAUAGCCACUAUGAAGUUGAAAGUGUCGGGAGCAUUCAUUAAAGAUGAUACGGCAACCUUGACGAGCAGCGGCAUUCAUGAUGGGUGCAUUGUGUACGUAAUGGGAGAUAGAGCAAAUAGUGAGCAACUAAGUCAAACCGCAUCAGGCAACCCAGAGGAAGUAGGCUACAUGAUACGUAUUUCCAAAGUGAUGGACAAGAUAGAAGGAUCCAAGGACAAAAUAGAAGAGCUUGAUAUCAGAGUAGUGUCUCUGUUGGAUAGCGACCAGACUGAUACGAUGAGGAAGGAAACAGAGGAUCUGGGGAUCUACUUGUCUGAAUUACUGAUGCAGUCCCUGAUUGCAUUGGAUGGUGUGGAUUGCCCAUCUGAAUUUGUUACUGCUAGAGCCAAUAGAAGACAAGGCGUUAAGCAAUGCCAGGAAUUGAUGGAUCGUGUGGAUCAAGCAAGAGCAGCACUAAAGCAGAAUAAACAGAAGCUUUAA